UGUGUUUCUACACGGCUAUCAUAUUUGCUACCCUUUGGUAUUUAUCAUGGCGAGACAUCUUCGAUUCGUUGCCCGGACAGUGAUGGUUCAAGAUGGCAACGUGGAUGCGGCGUACAAACAUCUCAACAGGGUCCUGACCCAGGAUGGGAUCAUUGAGACGGUGAAGCGCAAGCGCUACUUUGAGAAGCCCUGCAGAGAGCGUCAGCGGAAGAACUACGAGAACUGCAAGCGUAUCUAUGACACGGAAAUGGCCCGGAAAAUUGCUUUCAUCUCCAGGACAAUCAGAACGGAUCCCUGGGUUGGUUCUUAGUGAAAAGGCGACUGAUAAGAAGAUGUUCACGGUGGAAUGGUUGAAAUGGAGUCUGAAAGGUGGAACAAAAAGGAAACUCAGCCCAAUAUUUGUGUCACCAAGUGAAGGGAUAGAAAGAAUGGGAUACGUUGCAUCACAAGGAAAUAUGUUGUCCCGCCUUCUUUGUCAUGACACAAACAUUUGUGUCCUUGGAAAACAGAUUCUUGCAAAUGUUAUGAACGCUGUCUAAUCUGUUGUGUAUAUAAAGCAUUUGGGGUAAAAAUG